ACGAGGUCGCGGCCGCGGCGGCGGGAAGAUGUAAGUUGUGGGAAUCCGACCCCAUCCGAGCUUCGGGAACCACCCACUAGGCUCGGCUGGGCGCAUCGUGGAGCCCACCCGUCUCCCGGUCCCGCGGUUGCAACGGCAGCCUGGCGGCGCAGCGCAGUGGCUGAGAAGAAAGAGUGUGGCCCGGGGCGGGCUGAGUGGGAGGCGCCGAGGCCGCGGCCCGGAAGUGGUCGAGGCUGCGGCGGGCGGAAGGGUGCCCUCGCUUCGUCCGCUCUGCGGCGGGCCCAGUGAGGCCCGCGGGAUCUGGAGCACCCGGGACCCUGGCCUCUGUCCUCAGGGCUCUCUCGUCGGGCUGGAGACCCAGGCCCGCAUCGCCGGGCCCUGCCCUGGAAGUGCUCGUGGCCUGGCGCCUGGACUGGGGAGUUGCUGCACUUUGGCGUAAAUUGCAAUCGAUUAGGGAUCGUUUCUCAGACUCAAGUUAGAAGUGAGAGUUCAGAUAAGUGAGGCCGCCAUUGCUGCUUUGAACACCUCAGAAGGGGAGAAUGGAUUUAUCAGGAGUGAAAAAGAAGAGCUUGCUAGGAGUCAAAGAAAAUAAUAAAAAGUCCAGCACUAGGGCUCCUUCUCCUACCAAGCGCAAAGACCGCUCUGAUGAGAAGUCCAAGGAUCGCUCUAAAGAUAAAGGAGCCACCAAGGAGUCAAGCGAGAAGGAUCGUGGCAGGGACAAAACUCGAAAGAGGCGCAGUGCUUCCAGUGGUAGCAGCAGCACCAGGUCUCGGUCCAGCUCUACCUCCAGCUCGGGCUCCAGCACCAGCACAGGCUCAAGCAGUGGCUCUAGCUCAUCUUCGGCAUCAAGCCGCUCAGGAAGUUCCAGUACAUCCCGCAGCUCCAGCUCCAGCAGCUCCUCUGGCUCUCCGAGUCCUUCUCGGCGCAGACACGACAAUAGGCGGCGGUCCCGCUCCAAAUCCAAACCACCCAAAAGAGAUGAAAAGGAAAGGAAAAGGCGGAGUCCUUCCCCUAAACCCACCAAAGUGCACAUUGGGAGGCUCACCAGGAAUGUGACCAAGGAUCACAUCAUGGAGAUAUUCUCCACCUAUGGGAAAAUUAAAAUGAUUGACAUGCCUGUAGAAAGGAUGCACCCCCAUCUAUCUAAAGGCUAUGCAUAUGUAGAGUUUGAGAAUCCAGAUGAGGCUGAGAAGGCGCUGAAGCAUAUGGACGGAGGACAAAUCGAUGGCCAGGAGAUCACUGCCACUGCUGUGCUGACCCCCUGGCCUAGGCCACCCCCCAGGCGAUUCAGCCCUCCCAGGAGAAUGCUACCACCACCUCCCAUGUGGCGCCGGUCACCCCCACGGAUGAGGAGAAGGUCACGUUCCCCUCGGCGCAGGUCCCCCGUACGCCGGCGAUCCCGCUCCCCCGGCCGCCGCCGCCACAGGAGCCGCUCCAGCUCCAACUCCUCCCGAUAAGCAGGGCCACUGAAGCUCUGCCCCUGUGACUUAUACCCAUCUGACUCAGUUUUGUCACUUUUCUAGCUGAAAGGUGAUCAGUAGGAAAGGAAUCCCUCACUCGGGCAGGCUUUGAAGGCAAAGACAGCAGUUGAGUUGUUUCCUCUGGCAGCGGAGUUCCAGCUGCAGGAUUGUUGUUGGCUUGGAAUUGUGCCUAUAAGGAUGCCCUCCAGUUUUCUGGCUAGAAAGCUCCCAUGUUGUCAGUUUGGUGGCAGAGCCAGCAGGGAUGAGCAGGGGGCUCCAGGUGGUACACCCCCAGCCUGGGAUCAUGUUUUUCAUUCCACACAUGUCCUGGGGACAACCUGGUGGCCUGGUGAUGCCCUCACUUGUUGGCCUGCAGGCUCCCCCAGGAAAGGCUCUACCUUUUGCAGCUGCUGUUCCUGUUAGCCUGGCCCUGCUCCCCUGCUUGAGUCUUUUCUGACCGUGAGGAUCAAAUACCCUAUUAUUUGUCUAAAAUGGUUCUUUUUACAUGUGCUCAUAUGCGUGUGCACAAAUACACAUACACAUCCCACGUCUCCCUUUCUCUCUGAAAUUGGUGAGCAACUUGAGAGCCAGCUCUGCAUUGUCAUCACGGAACCCCCUGUUGUGCUGGUAUUCACGGUGGUCCUGCAGGUUACCUUGGCAAUGUGUACAUUGCUUUUCUUGACUUUUAUUGUACAGUCAGUACUAUAAAUUUUCUGUUUUGAGUUUUGUAACUUUGUAGCAUUUUAGAUACUGUUGUGUUUGUACUUUGUUGUGUAGAGUAAAAGGAUUGUGUUGAAUAAACCUAGGAUUACAGUGCAGAUGAGUGUUGGGUUCACUGCCACCUUCCUGUCUCUUGGCCCCAAAGAUAGCUUCAGGUGUGUGAGAAUUAAAAGCACAGCUACCUAAAAA